AUGCCACAUUUUAAUAUUGAACCGUUCUAUGGACUUCCAUCAGAAGACGCCCGCACCUGGCUUCAACGAUUUCAAGCAUGGACAGAUAUUCAACGAAUCCCUGACGAAAGUUUUGGUUCUGCAAUGCUUCUUCAACUUCAAGGACCCGCUGUUAUAUGGUUGAAUAAUUUGCCUCCACAAUUAGUCCACAGUAAACCAAGAUUAGUUCAUGAAUUUAAGUAUCAUUUCAUAGACUCACGGCCUAACAAUUGGUUAUUAGAGCAACAACUGUAUGAAAGAGUUAUGCUACCAGGUGAAAAUAUUGAAAACUAUAUUAUUGACAUUGAAGCAAAAUGUACUAGACUCAAUAAAACAGAAACAGAAAUGAUUCCAGCUUUCAUACGAGGUCUAACUCCAUCUUUACGUGCAAGCGUUAUACAGAAACAACCAACUACAUUUUUAGAUGCUGUUCCUUAUUGUCGCUUAGUGGAUCAGUCAUGUUCAUUGGUGCCACACCCACAACAAAGACAGUCUACAAAUAUGUCAGAUGUUAUGUUUGAACUUCACUCACUAAAAUCGAAAGUAGAAGAACUAAGCCUUAAGCCUACUUCCAGUUCCAGUACAAAUAAAGACACAUCUACAGAAUAUUUUGAAGCAAACCUUGCUGCUGUUCAACAAAAGACAGUUAUAUGCCAACUUUGUAACAAGAAAGAUUUGCAACCCAUGAUUAUAUUAGGUAUAGAUUUUUUGCAAGAGAAUAAUGUUACUCUAGAUUUUGGAAAGAAGUCAUUAUCUAUUGAUCCAAGACGUUCUUUAGCAUGUACUCAGGAUAUUAUUGUUCCUCCAAAAUCACAAGUUAUUUCAAUCGCUCGCAUUCAUGGUGCAUCAAUUCCAGACGGUGUAACGGGUAUUGUUACAGGUUCCGAAAAAUUAGCUUCUUCAAGUAUUUUAUCUGCAAAAUCGUUAUGUUAUGUUUCUAAUGGUAAUGUUUAUCAAUCUCUUUGUAAUUUUUCAAAUGAGCAAGUUUCAAUUAGUAAGGAUACUAUUGUAGGUAAAUUUGUAUGUUUAUCACGUCAUGACAAAGUAUUGUCUAUUCAAGAUUCAGACAAACAUGUAUUAGACAAUGACUUGAAUAAUUCUGUUAAGACUAAUAUUUCUGACAACUUGACCGAUACUCAACGAAAAGAAGUACAGACACUUAUAGACAAUUAUUCUUCAGUAUUUGUUGGAAAGGAUGGAAUAUUAGGAAAAUGUGAACUUCUUCAACAUGAAAUUGAGAUUGAGCCUUCUCAAAAACCUAUUCGUCAACGUGCUUAUAAACUUUGUAACAAACAAAAAGAAGUUAUGGAAGGAGUUGUUCGUGAUCUUCUUGAUAAAGAUAUUAUUGAAGAAUCUAAACUAUCUGAUAUUCAUGUUAAACUACGCAGAAAAUCUGAUGGACAUGCUGUGCGUAAUAUUGUGCAUAUUAAUCGACUUAAGAAAGGACUUGUUCGACCUAAUGUGAAUUAUAAACCUGAUAAUAUAGACAAUGUUGAAUCUGUUAUAUUAGACGAUGAUGAAAUUGCUAUUUCAGAUGACUUCAUUGACUCACAAGUUAACGGUGACUCUACUGAUAAUGACAAAACUCACGAUAUUGACAAUAAUAAUGACAAUGUUACUGACAAAGUGAAAUCGAAACAUACUAAAUCUAUUGUGUCUAAGACUAAUGACAUUGACAAAGUUUAUGAGAUUGAGAAAAUUUUAAGAAAAAAGUAUCUUAAUAAGAUAUGGUAUUAUAGAGUUAAGUGGUUGAAUUAUAAUGCUAGUCAAAAUUCUUGGAUUCCUUAUAAUGAUCUUACAGAAUCUUGUAAAAAAUUUGUUAAUGAUAAUCACAAUAAGAUUCCAUACUAG